AAACUGAGCCCGGGCAUCACGCAGUUUGCCUACAGCUGCGUGCAGGAGCAUGUGGUGUGGACCAACAUCCAGUUCUGGGAGGCCAUGUUCUACUGUGAUGUGCAGAACCACAUCCGAGCCUUGUACCUGGACAACAAUGAGGAGAACCACACGGAUGAGGAGAGCAUGGAGGCGCCACAGGAAGCCAAGUCUGCCCUGGAGAUAGCGUCAGAGCAGCUGAGGCUCUGGCCCACCAUGAGCCGAGAGAAGCAGCAGGAGCUGAUCCAGAAGGAGGAGAGCACUGUUUUCAGCCAGGCCAUCCACUACGCCAACCGCAUGAGCUACCUGCUGCUGCCUCUGGACACCAGCAAGAACCGUCUGCUGCGGAGCUCGGGGCUGGGGGACGUGGAGAGUGUCAGCAACAGCUUCGUCACCAACAGCAUCGCCGGCAGCGUGGCUGAGAGCUACGACACAGAAAGUGGGUUUGAGGACGCAGAGAGCUCCGACGUGGCCAACUACGUGGUGAGAUUCAUCAACCGCUUCGUGGACAAGGUCUGCACGGAGAGUGGAGUCACCAACGAGCAUCUCAAGGGGCUGCACGUCAUGAUCCCUGAUAUUGUGCAGAUGCACAUAGAGACACUGGAUGCCGUGCACAGGGAGAGCAAGAGGCUUCCUCCCAUCCAGAAGCCAAAACUGCUGCGUCCCAACCUGCUGGUGGGCGAGGAGUGUGUGAUGGAAGGGCUCCGCGUGUACCUCAUGCCUGAUGGACGGGAAGAAGCUGCUGGAGGGAACAUUGGUGGCCCACCUCUCCUCCCUGCAGAAGGAGCCAUCUUCCUCACCACUUACCGCAUCAUCUUCAAAGGCACUCCCACGGACCCUCUGGUGGGGGAGCAGGUGGUGGUCCGGUCCUUCCCCAUCGCCUCACUGACCAAAGAGAAGAAGAUCAAUAUCCAGGCCCAGGUGGAUCAGUUCAUCCAGGAGGGUUUGCAGCUGCGCUCCUGCACAUUCCAGUUGCUGAAGAUUGCCUUCGAUGAGGAGGUGGCUUCAGACAGCGCCGAGGUCUUCAGGAAGCACCUGCACAAGCUGCGCUACCCUCAGCACGUGCGUGGCACCUUCGCCUUCACCGUGGGCCAGUCACCCAAGCAAGCCAUGCAGCCCAAGGCCAAGGAGAAGAACCCCUCGCUCAG